GCCGGCUCAGUUCGGGCCGCAGUCCCCCAGCGAGCAGUCGCGCCGGUGUCCCUCCGCGAGUGACAGUGUGUGUUGUACAGUUACGUUGUGGCAGCAGCGGGUCGUCGACCGCGCGAGUAUGAGCUCGCGCCCGCUCCAGCCGCCGCCGUCCCGCCCUCUGCUCUGAUCGGGAUCUGCUCAAGGUGAGCUGCGGCUUCCCGACGACACCCGCCGCGCUAACCGGUUGUGCGCGCUCCGACCUCACGAGAAGCGUCUGCGCCGCAUCGUUAUUAUAUUGUCCUAAUUCGCGGGCGGCUCAUCACUGAAGUCUUCGCUCGACCGCUGGGAAGCAGAGUGGGCGCUCAAGCUGCGACGGUAUUGAUAAAACUUUGCAAUUACCUCGGCUCGGCGGUGCAACCCGAGCCGAGACUGGUGUCUGUGCUGCUAAUUGUGAUGUGCUCAUUUGGAUAACGGUCGCGCUGUGUACACACAAUACUCGACACUUUCGGCUGAAAGCUUCGAGUUUCUUUCUGUCAAUAGUUGGGAUCAUUAGACUUGUGAGUGGUGUUCCAUUGUGUCCGCAACACGUUUAGAAACUGCUCGCCUGGCUUAAAACCAGUUGCGUUAAUGGUGUCAAGGUGAUGCGCGGGUGGUGCGUGCGGUGGGGCGGCGGCGGGGCGCGCGCGCGGCUGCGCUGGCUGGCGGCGCUGCUGUGCUGGGGCGCGCUGGCGGCGCUGGCCCUGCCGCGCCUGCAGCCCGCGCCGCGCCGCGCGCCGCCCGCGCCGCCCGCGCGCCUGCUGCUGCAGUCCGAGGCGGCGGCCUCCACGCCCGCGCCCGCCACGGCGCUGCCCGCCACCGACGCGCGCGUGCUGUCCGAGGCCGAGCUGCGCGCCGACGCCGAGCGGCGCCUGCCCUCGCUGCCGCUCACCUACUGGCACAAGCACAAGGACGACAAGAACAAGUUCUUCAAGAAGAAGGACUGCGCGCCUUUCCCUUCCAUCUAUGACCUGGAGUUCCACAAUACGUACUGGCAGACGCUGCGCGCGAGCACGGGCGUGUUCCACAUAUUCGGCGCGUACCUGGACGCGCGCAACACGUCGCGCAUCGGGCCCGCCGUGCGUAUGCUGGCCGUGCACGACCGCAUCGCGCCCACGCUCACCACGCACUGCCAGCUGUGGUUCGAGGAGCUGGAGGCGCCCGUGGUGGUGCGCGUGCUGGAGUACAAGUACGUGUGGAACAGCAAGUGGGGCAACUACCGCGACCACGUGCUGCAGCCCUACCUGGUGGCGUGCGUGCUGCCGGAGAGCGUGCGCCACCUCGUGCCCGCCUCCGUGUCGCUGGUGGAGAACGCGUGCGACCGCGCCACCAACAACCUGCGCGUUCACUACGACCGCCCGCCGCCGACGCAGCCGCGCAAGGAUUUCGCCAUCUGCGUCAAGGGGCUGGACUUCCUGCACGAGGACCUGUCCGUGCGCCUGGUGGAGUGGAUAGAGCUCGUGCUGCUGCUGGGCGCCGACAAGAUCUUCUUCUACGAGCUGCAGGUGCACCCCAACAUCACCAAGGUGCUGGAGCACUACGUGCGCGAGGGCUCGGUGACCGUGACGCCCGUCACGCUGCCGGGCGGCCAGCCCAACCUGCCCGGGCUGCAGCACAUGUACCUCAAGAAGAAGCUGACGCACAAGCGGCAGAUGGAGCUGAUCCCGUACAACGACUGCCUGUACCGGCACAUGUACCAGUACCGGUGGCUGGCGCUGCUGGACAUCGACGAGGUGAUCGUGCCCAUGGAGGACCCCGACUGGGGGGCGCUGAUGCGGCGCGUGCUGCCGCUGGCGGCGCCGGCGGACGGCAAGCCGGCGCGCUCGUCCUACCACGCCGCCAACCUCUACUUCCUGGACUCGCUGGGGCACGCGCACGGCUGGGAGGACGGCGUGCCGCAGUACAUGCACAUGCUGCAGCACGUCACGCGCACCAACAACUUCACCAAGCCCGGACAGUACGUCAAGGCGUUCCACGAGACGGACCGCGUGCUGGCGCUGCACAACCACUUCCCGCUGGCGUGCCUGGGCGGCGCGUGCAGCACGUACGCGCUGGAAACGCGGCACGCGCGCCUGCAGCACUACCGCGCCGACUGCGUGGCCGCGCUCAAGUCCUGCAAGGAGCUCAAGACGGCGCCCGUGCGCGACGAGACGCUGUGGCGCUGGCGCGAGCCGCUCGUGGCGCGCGUGGACGCCGUGCUGCGCGCGCUCGCCUUCCUGCCGCAUCGGUGACCGCCACCACGCUCUAGGCCUGUUUAUUCAAUUCUAGUAUUAAACCUAUUUUUAUAGUUACUCUA